AGGGGAAGAGGAAGUUACAGGCGGAUUUUUAAGGAUUAGAGCCGUAAAGGCAACGAGAAGAUUAGCAUUAAUCUUCUGGUUAGAUCUAACGGAUCCUCUGAGUCUGUUUUAGGCGUUUUUAUUCGGGGAAAAAGAGGAAAAGGUUCCGCGGAAACGAGAAGAAACGGACCGCGAGGCGCUGACUGCGGUCGCCUUGGCAACAGUGAGGCGUCUGUUAGCAGUGGACAAGAUGGCGGCGAAGCAGAUCCACAGCGGAGGAUUUCUGCUGCUCUAGCUGCCUUUUUACCGCCCCGAAAGCCUUCAGAGGUGUCUCCUGAUCAGUAGCUCCUCCUGCUGUCAUGUCUUCGCUGGAGUCCAAAGGAGACGGGGGGAAGUGGCUGGACGCCCACUAUGACCCGGUGGCCGGUCUCUACACCUUCUCCUCCUGCGUGGACCUGGCAGACCUGAGCGGGGACGGCGACAGCCGCCUGGUGGUGGGGGACCUGGGCACCGGCUCGACCGGCAUGAAGCUGAAGGUGUACCGCGGCACUGCGCUGAUGAGCGAGAGCACCCUGCUGGACCUGCCCGCCGGCCUCGUCGCCCUCUUCAUUGACCAGUUUGAGCCACGCAUUCCCGUUGUCGCCGUGGCGUCCGGACCCUGCGUCUACGUCUAUAAAAACCUGCGGCCGUACUUUAAGUUCACACUGCCCACCCUGGAGAUCAACCCUGUGGAGCAGGACAUGUGGCAGCAGGUGAGGGAGGGCCAAAUCGACCCAGUGAUGCUGAAGGAGAUGCUGGAGGACGUCAGGAAGAAGGCGGACGUGCCACUGUCUGACCGCUCCCUCCGCUUCCUGUCGCUGGCGGCCGACGAGGUGGACGAGUUCGUCCAGCUGCAUAAGCAGCAGCCAAUCAGGCGGCAGACCGUCAUCACCUGCAUCGGGACCCUGAAGAAGAGCACCGCUGAUGAAGAUGGGAUCAGCUGUUUGGUGAUCGGUACGGAGAACGCCGACGUCUUCGUCCUCGACCCCGAGGCCUUCAACAUCCUCAGCAAGAUGUGUCUCCCUGCUGUUCCCACCAUGAUGGACGUCACAGGUCAGUUCGAUGUGGAGUUUCGCAUCACAGUGGCGUGUCGUAAUGGCAGCAUCUACAUCCUGCGCAGGGAGUCGGAGAAACCAAAGUACUGCAUCGAGCUGCCGUCCCACCCGGUGGGGCUGGUGAGGGUCGGGAAGAACGUGAUCGUGGGAUGCAGCGACGAGAGCCUGCAGGGCUUCACUCAGAAGGGGAAGAAGCUGUGGAGGAUCCCGCUGCCCGCUCCCAUCACCACCAUGGCCGCCAUGGAGCUCCCCGCCAGGGGCCUUCAGGCGGUGCUGGUAGGCCUGGCGAACUGCCAGGUCCAGCUCUACAGGGACAAGAACCUGCUCAGCACCAUUAAGACGCCCGACGCCGUCACCAGCAUCUGCUUCGGUCGCUACGGCCGUGAAGACGGGACCCUCAUCAUGACAACGAAGGGCGGGGGCCUCAUGGUGAAGAUCCUGAAGAGAACUGCGGCGUUCGACGAGCGGGACGGCGCACCCGGCCCGCCGCUAGCUCAAAGCGUCCGCCUCAAUGUUCCCAAGAAGACCAAGCUGUACGUGGACCAGACGCUGAGGGAGCGGGAGAACGGGCUGGCCAUGCACCGCGCUUUCCACAUGGACCUGAGCCGCAUGAGGCUGGCCGCCGCCAGAACCUACUUCAAGGUUCUGGAGUCCAGCCUGACCCCCAUGUCCUGCAGCCUGUCAGAGCCGCUCAAGAUGAACGCCGUAGUCCAAGGCCUGGGCCCAUCCUUCAAGCUGACCCUCAACGUCCAGAACACGGCGUCCUGCCGGCCAGUCAUGAACCUGGCCAUCAGCUUCCUGUACGAUGACAACCUGUACCGCAUCAGGAACGCGUAUAUGAGGAUUCCGCUGCUGGUUCCUGGACUCAUCUACCCCAUCCAGACGUUCGUGGAGUGCGUCAGCGACAAGGGCGUCUCUGACAUCAUCAAGGUCUUUGUGCUGCAUGAGGAGAAGAGCGCGCCUCUGCUUACAGCUCACAUCAACAUGCCGGUCAGCGAGGGGCUGAUGCUCAGCUGAGCCUCGC